AUGUACCACUACGCCCUUCUCGGCCUCCUGCCGGUCGCCCUCGGGUGCCUCAACCCCGAGAGCAAUGCCUGCGCCAGCUACAUCAGCGCCAACGCGGCCACGGCCUCGCCCUUCUGCGCCACCUUCACCCAGAGCAAGGUGACAGCCACGACCGGUCUUCCCGCGUGGGCCACCAACUGCGGCAACAAGCCGAGCCUGCUCUCCAAGGAGUGCUCGUGCUACUACACAGGCGGCGCCGCGCCCCCAACCUCGACUGCCAAGGUGACUACGACUGCCAAGCCAACGACAACUGCUGCCACUUCCAAGCCCACCACCCUCGUCACCACGACCAAGGCCACGGUGGUGGUGCCCUCUGGCGUGACGACGACGCUGCCCCAGAGCGCAGGCGCCACUUCCACGUCGGCUGCCAUCGUUGUCCCCGCCGGCCAGAGCUACGACGGCGGCAUGAAGAAGUUUGACCGUUCCCCCGCCACUUGCCAGGGCCAGUCCGAGACGGGCGAGGCUGAUGCCAUGUUCAUCCUCGAGAACGGCGCGACUCUGUCCAACGUCAUCAUUGGCCCCAACCAGGCUGAGGGUGUCCACUGCAAGGGCACUUGCACCCUGAUCAACGUCUGGUGGGAGGAUGUCUGCGAGGAUGCCAUGACCUUCAAGCAGUCGAGCGGCACGUCGUACGUGAUUGGCGGCGGCGCCUUCCACGCUUCGGACAAGGUGCUCCAGUUCAACGGGUUCGGGACGGUCAACAUCAAGAACUUCUACGUUAAGGACUACGGCAAGGUGGCGCGCAGCUGCGGCAACUGCUCCAACAACGGCGGGGCCCGCCACGUCGUCAUGGACAACAUUGUCGCCGUCGACGGCGGCGUGCUGUGCGGCAUCAACACCAACUACGGCGACACGUGCACCAUCACCAACAGUUGCCAGGACGACGGCAAGACCUGCGACCGCUACACGGGCAACAACAGCGGCAAGGAGCCCACCAAGAUCGGCAGCGGACCUGACGGCACCUACUGCAAGGUCAGCAACCUCAGCACCAGCUGCACCUAA